CUCCAUGCCAGGGGAUCGCCCUCCUCCUUGCCAGCCGUCGGCUCGAUGCGCGCCAGGAUCGGAGGGGCGUUAGAGAGCCGGCCGAGCGCCGAAAGCAAAAGAAAAAAAAUCCACAGCGGGAUGGAAGGGACCGCCACCGGGAUCCUGCCCCGCUGAGCCGGGGCGGGGACGUCGGAAACUUCGUGUCCCGAGAAUCCGGAAGGGGCCUCCGGGCUCUCGACGCCUCUGCCCCGACUCGCCCGGCUCUUCGGAGACCGGAGGGGGAGAGGUUUAUCGCGGGAUCUCCGGGGAUCUCCGCGACAAGUCCGGAACUGGGGACCGGAGGAGAUCCCGGCGGGACGGGGCUUCCCUCCGUCGCGUCGGUGCCCGAGACGGCCGUCUAGAUCUGGACCGUGCCUUGAUUUAGCCGUUCGAUUCACACGCGCCUUUGCCGCCCGAAGAGAAUUCGCGUCCCCUGUGCCGAGGAGCGUCCUCUCGGCGUCUUCUAGACGGAGAGGUAUCUUCUCCGUUGGCGCGAUUCCCCGAUCCCCCCUACCCGCUUCCCCCCAUUCGGCGGGCAGCGUUAGAGGUUAGAAAACCCCGGGCGGCGUUCCGUCGAUCCACCGCGGAGACCCAGCUCGGAUGGAAAGAUUGAACGGUUGAAAGUGGGUCGGCCUGAAUCCCGCCCCGAUCCUGGCUUCAGCCCGGCGGGAUCGAGUUCGCUCCGUCCCGGCGGAUCCGCGCUCGGGUCCGGCGGCCGGACCGAGAGAUCGAAGGAUGCCGGUCGAGAAGAGAGAUACAGAGCGGGCUCUGGCGCUGUUGGAAGAUUACUGCGAAAAGCUAAGGAAACCAGAGGAGCAGCGACUGAAAAAAGCAGUCGGGAAGGUGAUGGGCAUCUUCAAGAGCAGCCUAUUCCGGGCUUUACUAGACAUUCAAGAAUUUUACGAGGUGACACUGCUCAACAACCGAAAAAGCCGUGAGCAGAAAAUAGAAGAAGCGAACCGAGUCGCGGAGAGGUGGGAGAAGACCGGGUCUCUCGCCCCGGCCCAGGACGGCGGCCGGGAAGUCCCAGAGCUUGCAGGUUUCAGUGGCACCGGCGGGCACGCUCUAUGCGGCGAACAGAACGAAGAGACCCGGCGUUUGGAAGAUCAGCCCGAUGAGGCAAAGACCCAGCAACACCAAGGCAAAUGCCCGGCCCCGAACUGUGCCCUAGAAGGACCCACCUGGAUGCCCAUCCACCACUGUCCCAAGUAUCGCUAUCAGGAUGACGAGGCCCACCACGAUCACACCCUACCUCGCCUGACGCACGAAGUGCGGGGUCCCGAGCUCGUCCACGUGUCCGAGAAGAACCUGUCGCAGAUAGAAAAUGUGCACGGCUACGUCUUGCAAUCGCACAUCUCCCCGCUGAAGGCCAGUCCUGCUCCGAUCAUCGUCAACACCGAUACUUUGGAUACGAUUCCGUAUGUGAACGGAACAGAAAUCGAAUAUGAGUUUGAAGAAAUCACACUGGAGAGGGGCAAUUCGGGCCUGGGCUUCAGUAUUGCUGGAGGGACCGAUAAUCCGCACAUCGGAGAUGAUCCCGGCAUAUUUAUCACCAAGAUUAUCCCAGGAGGAGCAGCGGCAGAAGAUGGCAGGCUCAGGGUCAACGACUGCAUCCUGAGGGUCAACGAGGCGGACGUCUCCGAGGUCUCGCACAGCAAGGCGGUGGAGGCGCUCAAGGAGGCGGGCUCGAUCGUGCGGCUGUAUGUCCGGAGGCGGCGGCCCAUCCUGGAGACCGUCGUCGAGAUCAAACUCUUCAAAGGGCCCAAAGGCCUGGGCUUCAGCAUCGCGGGCGGAGUGGGGAACCAGCACAUCCCCGGGGACAACAGCAUCUACGUCACCAAGAUUAUCGACGGCGGAGCAGCCCAGAAAGAUACAAGGUUGCAAGUUGGAGACCGGCUAUUGAUGGUAAAUAACUACAGUUUAGAAGAAGUAACCCACGAAGAGGCCGUGGCGAUACUGAAGAACACAUCCGAUGUGGUUUACCUAAAAGUGGGCAAACCCACCACGAUUUAUAUGACCGAUCCCUACGGCCCGCCUGACAUUACUCACUCGUAUUCUCCGCCAAUGGAAAACCACAUACUCUCUGGCAACAAUGGCACUUUAGAGUAUAAAACAUCCCUGCCGCCUAUUUCCCCGGGAAGAUACUCACCUAUUCCAAAGCACAUGCUUAUGGAGGACGACUACACCAGACCUCCUGAACCCGUUUACAGCACCGUGAACAAACUGUGUGAUAAACCUUCUUCUCCUCGUCACUAUUCCCCCGUGGAGUAUGACAAAAGCUUCCUCCUCUCGUCUCCCUAUCCCCACUACCACCUAGGCCUGCUCCCCGAUGCUGAGAUCACCAGCCAUUCCCAGCACAGCACUGGAACCCGUCAGCUGUCCAUGACGCUACAGAGAACCAUUUCCCUGGAGGGGGAGCCUCGGAAGGUCGUCUUGCAUAAGGGCUCCACCGGGCUGGGCUUUAACAUCGUGGGAGGAGAAGACGGAGAAGGCAUCUUUGUGUCCUUCAUCCUGGCGGGCGGGCCGGCGGAUCUGAGCGGGGAGCUCCAGCGGGGGGACCAGAUUCUCUCUGUAAACGGCAUCGACCUCCGCGGCGCCUCUCACGAGCAGGCCGCGGCAGCGCUCAAGGGGGCGGGACAGACGGUGACGAUCAUCGCCCAGUACCAACCCGAAGAUUACGCCCGGUUUGAGGCAAAAAUCCAUGACCUGCGUGAGCAGAUGAUGAACCACAGCAUGAGUUCGGGUUCCGGCUCCCUGAGAACCAAUCAAAAGCGCUCGCUCUACGUCAGAGCCAUGUUCGACUAUGACAAGAGCAAAGACAGCGGGCUGCCGAGCCAGGGCCUCAGUUUCAAGUACGGAGACAUCCUGCACGUCAUCAACGCCUCAGACGAUGAAUGGUGGCAAGCGAGGAGGGUCGUGUUGGACGGGGACAGCGAGGAGAUGGGCGUCAUCCCCAGCAAACGGAGGGUGGAGAGGAAGGAACGGGCCCGGUUGAAGACCGUGAAGUUUAACGCCAAGCCCGGAGUGAUUGACGCUAAAGGGUCAUUCAAUGACAAGCGUAAAAAGAGCUUCAUCUUUUCACGAAAGUUUCCAUUCUACAAGAACAAGGAGCAGAGUGAGCAGGAAACAAGUGACCCAGAACAACAUGUUUCUUCUAAUGCCAGCGAUAGCGAAAGUAGCUACAGAGGACAGGAAGAUUUCAUUCUCUCUUAUGAGCCUGUCACCAGACAGGAGAUUAAUUACACGAGGCCGGUUAUUAUCCUGGGCCCCAUGAAGGACCGGAUCAAUGACGACUUGAUAUCCGAGUUCCCCGAUAAGUUCGGCUCCUGUGUCCCACACACCACGAGGCCAAAGCGGGACUACGAGGUGGAUGGCAGAGACUAUCACUUUGUCAUUUCGAGAGAACAGAUGGAAAAGGACAUCCAAGAGCACAAAUUCAUAGAAGCCGGGCAGUACAACGAUAAUCUAUAUGGAACCAGCGUGCAAUCUGUGAGAUUUGUAGCGGAAAGGGGCAAGCACUGUAUACUCGAUGUUUCAGGAAACGCUAUUAAACGGUUACAAGUCGCACAACUCUAUCCCAUCGCUAUCUUUAUAAAGCCGAGGUCACUGGAGCCACUGAUGGAAAUGAAUAAACGACUUACAGAGGAACAAGCCAAGAAGACGUACGAUCGAGCCAUUAAGUUAGAGCAGGAAUUCGGAGAAUAUUUUACAGCUAUCGUUCAAGGAGAAACUUUAGAAGACAUAUAUAAUCAAUGCAAACUUGUCAUCGAAGAACAAUCAGGGCCCUUCAUCUGGAUCCCCUCCAAGGAGAAGUUAUAAAGUAGGUCCCGUGCCUCCGACUUCCCGCAGGAGAAUAACUAGAAGAAUAUAUCAUACUCUACUCCUCGGAGGCUUUUCUGUUUCUGUUGCAUUUACGUUCUUGCGGUCAAUGUGAAUUUUUAUGAAUGUACGACAGAGGGUGUGAAGCCAAGAGGGGCGCUGGUGGAUGAGGGGGUAGAAACGAGGCCCCGCCGCUCUGGCGGCGGGCUCCUGGGUACGGACCAGAGGACCCGGCUGCGAUCUCUGCCCUCAAGGGCACCUCCUUCCCCCACACCUCCUUCCUUCUCCCACCCCCCCGGCCCUGGCCCGCCACACUCCGUGUUCCUGGCUGAGCUCUGUGUGUCGACUGCUUUUCAGAAAAGUUCUCAGCUCUUGAACCUCACCAAGCUUCUCACGACACAUGUGUAACCGGCACCCUUCGGAUUCCGUAACUAUGCACACAUCCUUUGAUUUCUUACGGGAGAAGAAAGGAGGAGGGGGAGGAUGGGGGGGGGGGGAAAUCAAGACACCACCCCCCAGGGAGGCCGCUCCUGCGGGAAACCGUGCCCGGAGGGUUGCUGUAAUUGGCAGGAGGAACGGGCGAGCCUUUCCCGACGCCCCCGAGGACGGGAGAACUCCCUGAACUAGCACGGGGGCGGCACCUGGAAAGAGCUCUAGGAACCCCGAUGGCCCGUCCUGCCAUUUCUAGGGGGAGAGAAGGAAUAAUUUAUAAAAUAUGCUAAUGUAUAGAAACUGAUUUCUACAGGUGAAAAAAUGAUUCAGGCGCUCUUUUGUAAAGACGGAUGAACGGAGCGACCGAGUGAGCUCAGUAAGCCGUACAAUCUGAAGAAUCAGAGUUGCACUAACCCGUUUCUCGCCAUCCAUUCCGUGCCGACUUCGGCACAUCUUACCCUUCCUGGAAAACCACGCCAACCCUUCUUCCUGAGUGAGUGCGCUUGUGCUCGUCCUCUCUCUCUCUCUUCCCCCCGUCCCCUUCUCUCCCUCUCUCUCUCAUCCCUGCCCGUGAUAAGUUUCUACAGACACAUCCUCUCCGGAAGGCUUGCGGCUCUCACUACCUGGCGGAGGGAGACCGGUGCCAACGACCCCCAGGGCCGUCCGUCCGCCUCUCUCUCCGCUUCGGCCGCAAAGCCCUGCCCGCCGAGGGAGGCCCCGUCCGCGUCGGAGUCCGAUUCUUUAGGCGGGAUGCCCCAGACCCCCGUUCCUCUCCGAAAGCCCCCGCGCUGAUCCGCCUCACCUCUCUCCCACCCAGGGCCCCGGGGGGGGGGGGGGGGUUCGGGCAGCGGAGGCCGGGGACGAUUCCAGUGGGAAUCGUCUAAAUCCACGCCGUCUCUCUGAGGAAGGUGGGUCGGACGGGGGCCCGCUCCGAGGCCGGUACACUGCCCUGGCGUCUCCCAGUUAAACCACGGGGAGGGUCCUCUGAGACACUUUGAGCACUUUGAGCGGGGUGCCCUGCCUUUCUUAGGGCUGGACUUGGACCAAGUUUUAUAAGCCAGCUCCCCCCGCUGCUCACCGACCCCGAGGGAGUUUCAAAUCCCAAGCGAAGGGCGGGGGCGGCUCCACGCGCCCCCGCCCACCCUCCUUUCCACCCCCCCCCCGGUCGGUCAGGGGUCCGCACCGCAUCCAUCGCCAUCGCUAGAAAGCCGCGGGUUGGCAUUUGCACCGGCCAAACGUGCAGCCUUAUUUCCGUGGUAUUUCCCGACCGGGCAGGCCCACCCCUGCCCCACUGUGCAUCAGAGCCGCGGCCAGAGCGGGCCGACCGGGGGCCGGCUCGCCCGCGGGGGGUCCGAGAGGACCCUCGCGGUCCCUUUAUUCCGAGAAACCGGCUCGGCUCUUAAGUACCAUCCGCUCGCCUGACGACAGAGGCCGAACGUAGAGGCCUCCAAAGGUUGACCGCGCGUCCCCCUGGAGCCCGGAGGCUACCUUUGUAAACACAAGGGCUAGAACCGCAUUCUUUAACUCCCCGAAUCCUCGGACCGCCCGGGUCCGAGAGCUGCUCCCGCCUCGGGCCGACGCCCCCCUCUCCGCGGUGCUUCCCGGAGGCUCCCGGAACGACCGGCGCGCUCCGCUCCCGCCGCGUCGCCCAGGCAACCGUGCCCCGCUUCUUGGUCUUGUCGCCCCGCGCAUGUGCCCCCUUCCCCAGAUUCCCAACUUGGCCGGUCACCGUGCUCUUGGGUCGCCCGCUGGGCUCCGCGGUCGCUGCCAGGGCGGGCCCAUCCGUCUCUCCCCGCCCUCGCUUACUCUCGGCCCGUGCUCUUGGCUUUCUUUGUCCGGACGCUUCCGGCCUGGGGUGGGCUCGAUUUUUUGGCAGGUUACGUACCUGUGGGCAUAGAGAGGCGAAUAGAUGCGGUUCUCGAAACGGAUCGUCAGCGGGACAGGUGAGAGGGUCUUUCCCUUAAGAUCCGCCGCUCCGUUCACACUGUCGACUUGAAGUUUCCGCGCUUCGGGUUUGUGCGAGUCUGGACCUCCCCGCUGCUCCCGAGCUGCCCUUCCGUGCCCCCCUUCUCCCUCCUCCCUCCCCUGGACGAUCUGUGGAUUUUGCAGCAAUCCUGACCCGGGUGGAACAGGCUCUAAGGCCCGGAGCCUCCCCGUCCCCUCCGCGUUCGGAGCCGCAGGUCAGAUUGGUGCUAACACCGCAGACCGCAGCCCGGACACCCCUGCGAGGGCAGCCCGGGCCGAGCACCGCCCCCCUCCCCCCCCCGACUCCCCGGGCCCGAUUGGAGGCCGGGCCCGUUGGGAGGGUUGCCAAUCCGGGCCACCGGUGCUAUUUCCCGGGUUCUGGCACGGCGUGGGGGCACCGCUGCGGCGGGGCGGGGGGAAGGGGGUCUAAGUUCAACCAAAAAUAAUCCAAAAAACCCCCGACGGAGCUUCCCGAGCUCCGGCCCCCCCCACAAGAGACACACCUAAAUGUUCUGCUCCCCUCGUUCGUGCGGGCUGUACUUUUUACCCACGUGUGCCCUCUCCCAUCUUUCCCUGGAGUGAGCACCUGCGGGUCCCCACCUCGCCCCCGCCAAGUUCUAUCCUUCCCGUCUUAGUAUCACACGUUCAUUCUUUAUUAUCGCUGAGCCAGUGAGAGGGUCGGUCUUGUCCCGCCCUCUCCUCCCCUCCCCACCCCCAGGGAUGCCAACUCCCUGCCCGGGAGGACCUAAGGGUCUCCUCCACCCCAAGGGUGUCAGCCCUCAGAGAGGCGCCCCUCGCCAGGAGGUCGCCAACGCUCCCCCGGGAAAGGAGCAGAGCCGGCUCCAAAGGGCCGGCGAGCGCCUCGGGCAGCGGACCCCUCCGCCCCAGGGCCCGGAGCCCUUCUCCUCCGGAAUCCGGCCGGCCCGGAGCCGUCGGGGCCUCCCGCCCCAGGGCGGCGGCCGGAAGCGUGCGCCUUUGAGCCGCGGGGAGCCUCGGGUUUCCCAGAGUCCGGAUUCCGGGGGAAAAGCGAGAGCCGUCGACCGGCCCGGCCCUCGGGAGCCUCCGAACCAAAGCCCUACGACUCCCGGAAAGGGUCCUUUCCCCACCCCCCACCGUCCACCCGGCGACGGCUUUGGGGCCAUUCGACGGACCUCCCACAGAGUCCCCGGCCGCCCUCUCCCCUUCCACCCCCACCCCGGGGGUCUCUAUUCCACCAGACAACUCGGAGGUUAGCCGGGGAGCGGUCGCCGGAGAGACUGGGGACACAGAAACGACAACGGCGAUGUCUGUGGAGCCGGGUCUCGGGCAGCUGUUCCGACAGGGAACCGAACGCGCGUUCUGUUCGGGUAUAUUUUUUAUAUAUGUAUGUAUAUGGUAUGAUAUAUAUACUGUAUAUACACACAUAUAUAUAUAUAUAUAUACGCCUAUGCGUGUGGACCAAGGCGAAUCUACCCGUGUGAACCUGUAAAUACCCUCCCUCACUUAAACCCAGGCUCAGGAGAGAGUUACCGUACAGUACGUCGGAGCCUACCGAGGCACAGAGGGAGCCCCCCCGGAGCUAGCCGAGGGGGCUGACAUUAGGCGGCGACGACCGAAGGAGCAGGGCCCGGAAGAUAGAGACGAAACAUCCCAAGUGAUCACCAAACGGUCCUGUGAACUCCCCGGGGAACCCCUCUCCCCUCCCCGACCGGUCUCCCCUCGCCCCGCGCCCUCCGACCCCCUCCCCCCGAUGCUUUCAGGUUACGAUUUGGUGUCUCCUCCGUUUCAAUCUGACGGUCCGAAACUCUCGGAGUGCGACGGCUGCUUUAUUUAUGACCCGUUGGAUGGCGCGCUUUCUCGUGGACCACUGUAGCUCGGGGUGCUCAGCGUCUCGGCCGGAGCUUACGGACGCCACCUCGCAGCCUGCGCUCCCGUUAACGUGUAAAUAGCUGACCCGUCCGUUCCAUUUGUGUAAAGGAAUAAAGCACACACAAUUACGAAAUGGAAAGUGUAUAUUUCACACUAGCUGUGUCCUCGCAUAUUUAUUCCGUCCCGGGCUUUUUCGGCUGUGACUCCGUUGUAAAUGCUCGAUAGCGUGUUUAUAAAUAUGUCAUGAAUUUUAUGAUCGAAUAGAUGAAUAUUAAAACAUUUUUACACUUUA